GAUCGGUGUGAGACUUGAGGACCCUGGAUGUGUCGAUGACAUCUCUGCCAUCAACACAGGGCGCGCAUCUCACAUGAUACACGGGCGUCAUGUCGUUGUAAGACCUUGAAGAAGUGAUCGGUAUGAUCAUUUGCGGGGAAAUGGGUCCAAGUCCGCUGCCACAUAACGAUAGUUAAACAUCAGCAAUCCCAGCAUCAGUGGAGUUGACUUUGUUCCAUAAACAUCAACUCAACUGUCCAACUACCCAGGUCAGCAAUCAUCGAGACACGACAACAUGGAAGACCUUGCCCUGCCAGAGCCGACUGUGCCUCGCAAACCAUUCUCGUCUUUUAAAGUGAUAUCAUAUGACAUUUACGGCACGCUCAUCGAUUGGGAGACUGGGGUAGUCAAAGGUUUACAACCACUGGUGUCUCGAAUCCCUCAGGACUCAGCUGCAGCCAUCUAUCGAGACUCACGCCUUGCUCUUGCGGCCAAGUACAACGAGAUCGAGGCGUUGCUGCAGACAGAGCAACCGUCGCUGUUAUACAACAGCCUGCUAGAACAAGCAUAUUUGCGACUAGCCACUCAAUUCUCCAUUCCGGUGGACGAUACCAUCCGCUCUGAAGCCACUGUCUUUGGCUCUAGCAUUGGAUCCUGGCCAGCAUUUCCCGACACCGUCUCAGCAUGUCAACGACUGAUUCGGGCUGGCUACAAGCUGAUCCCUGUCUCCAACGUCGACCGGGAAUCCUUCUCUCACACGCAAGCCGGGCCUCUGGCAGGUGUUGAUUUCUUCAAGGUCUAUACGGCGCAAGACAUUGGUAGCUACAAGCCUGACCUGCGCAAUUUCGAGUAUCUGUUGAAUCACGCAAAAACCGAUGCUGGGGUUGAAAAGGACGAGAUCUUACAUGUCGCACAGAGCCUGUUUCAUGAUCAUGUCCCCGCCAAAAAGGUCGGUCUGAGUAGUGUCUGGAUCGCUAGGAAGGGUGCGGGCAUGGGUAAUGCGGAUGGUGUCAAAGAAGUACACGACAGGGGCGAGGUGGGAUAUGGUUGGAGGUUUGCUACCUUGGGUGAAUUUGCUGAUGAGGUUGAGAAAGAGAGGGGAACUUUGUGAAACGAACCAGGUAGAUAUGAUAUUAAUCUACUGGGACAUGAAUAUCCCCAGAUGGGCAUUGAGAUGGAAUGAAUAAGAUACAUCACGCGAACCAAUAGCCUCACCGCAACUCAUAUGGUUAUCCUUGAUAUUGCUAUUGUACACAUGCAGUGUGGUAGACCAGCUUUGUAUCGAAACUCAC